AUGCAAAGCUUUGGCAAGAAGAACCAUAGUGAUGUGUCUGAGUUCAUUCUCCUGGGCUUCUCUAGUGCAUCACGAGUCAGAAUAGCCCUAUUCACAUUUUUCUGUCUCCUCUACCUUACCACCCUUCUGGGCAACGGACUCAUCAUCACCCUGAUUUACUUGGACUCACGUCUCCACACGCCCAUGUACUUCUUUCUCAGUAUCCUCUCCAUAGUGGACAUAAGCUAUGUCACCACCACUGUGCCCCAGAUGUUGGUUAAUAUGUUAUAUCCAAGAAGAACCAUCUCCUGGGGAGCUUGUGUAGCCCAGAUGUUCAUCUUCUUAGUACUGGGCAUUGCUGAGUGUGUCCUCUAUGCCAUUAUGGCCUAUGACCGGUAUGUGGCUAUUUGUUUUCCUCUUCACUAUACCCUACACAUGAGCCAUGCCACUUGUAUCAAGAUGGUCAUAGUCUGUUGGUCAAUCAGCAUAACUGGGGCCUUAAUCUACACUGUCUUUACUAUGCACCUGCCUUAUUGUGGCCCCUACAAGAUAAACCACUUCUUCUGUGAGGUCCCUGCUGUCUUGAAGUUGGCCUGUGCAGACACUUCCUUCAAUGAUCAUUUGGACUUUAUCUUGGGUUUCAUCCUGCUUCUGGUACCACUGUCCCUCAUCCUGGCCUCUUAUGUCCGUAUCUUUGCCUCCCUAUUAAAAAUUCGCUCAUCCCAGGGCCGGCUCAAAUCCUUCUCCACAUGUGCUUCCCACAUCACUGUGGUCAUCAUGUUCUAUGGGCCAGCCAUGAUGAUGUACAUGAGACCUGGAUCCUGGUAUGACCCAGAGCGGGACAAGAAGCUGGCCCUGUUCUACAAUGUUGUCUCUGCCUUCCUCAACCCCAUCAUCUACAGCCUCAGGAACAAGGAUGUCAAGGGAGCCUUUUUAAAAGUACUUGGAGACAAGCGGGCAGCCAGUGACCCAAGAUGUUUCAAAGUUGCCCAGAGACAUGAACAGGACUAA